GGUUCCGAGGCUGCGGAGUCGGACGCGGCGGCGUCAAGAUGGCGGCGGCGGCGGUGGCGGCGGCCGCAGCUGCAGCCGCGGCGGCGUCUCUUCAGGUGCUGGAGAUGGAGAGUAUGGAGACGGCCGCCGCCGGCUCGGCGGGGCUGGCCGCCGAGGUGCGAGGCAGCGGCACCGUGGACUUCGGGCCAGGCCCGGCCAUCGCGGCCAUGGAGGCGAGCGGCGGCGGCGGCGGCGGCGGCGGCGACCCCGGCCCCGAGGCCGAGGACUUCGAGUGCAGCAGCCACUGCUCGGAGCUGUCGUGGCGGCAGAACGAGCAGCGGCGCCAGGGCCUCUUCUGCGACAUCACCUUGUGCUUCGGCGGCGCCGGCGGCCGCGAGUUCCGCGCGCACCGCUCGGUGCUGGCCGCCGCCACCGAGUACUUCACGCCGCUGCUCUCGGGCCAGUUCUCCGAGUCGCGCUCGGGCCGGGUGGAGAUGCGCAAGUGGAGCUCGGAGCCCGGGCCCGAGCCCGACACGGUGGAGGCGGUGAUCGAGUACAUGUACACCGGGCGCAUCCGCGUCAGCACGGGCAGCGUGCACGAGGUGCUGGAGCUGGCCGACAGGUUCCUGUUAAUUCGUUUGAAAGAAUUUUGUGGAGAAUUUCUCAAGAAAAAACUUCACCUAUCUAAUUGUGUAGCUAUUCACAGCUUAGCUCACAUGUAUACCCUGAGCCAACUUGCUCUGAAGGCUGCCGAUAUGAUAAGGAGAAAUUUCCACAAAGUCAUUCAGGAUGAGGAGUUUUAUACUUUGCCUUUCCAUCUCAUUCGAGACUGGCUGUCAGACUUGGAAAUCACCGUUGAUUCCGAAGAGGUCCUCUUUGAAACCGUUUUGAAGUGGGUUCAGAGAAAUGCUGAAGAGAGAGAAAGAUACUUUGAAGAACUUUUUAAAUUGCUCAGAUUAUCCCAAAUGAAACCUACUUACCUUACUCGUCAUGUCAAACCCGAGAGGCUUGUGGCCAAUAACGAAGUGUGUGUCAAGCUGGUGGCUGAUGCGGUGGAGAGACACGCCCUGAGAGCCGAGAAUAUUCAGUCUGGCACAUUCCAGCAUCCCGCUUCUCACGUCUCCUUAUUACCUCGCUAUGGGCAGAACAUGGACGUGAUCAUGGUGAUUGGUGGUGUGUCUGAGGGAGGGGACUAUUUAAGUGAAUGUGUGGGCUAUUUUGUCGAUGAGGACAGAUGGGUCAACCUUCCUCACAUUCACAACCACCUUGACGGACAUGCUGUCGCGGUCACAGAAUCCUAUGUGUAUGUUGCUGGGUCGAUGGAGCCAGGGUUUGCCAAAACCGUGGAAAGAUAUAACCCAAACUUGAAUACCUGGGAGCAUGUGUGUAGUCUGAUGACACGGAAACAUUCCUUUGGGCUGACAGAGGUCAAAGGGAAGCUCUAUAGUAUUGGCGGACAUGGCAACUUUAGUCCUGGCUUUAAAGAUGUGACUGUGUAUAAUCCUGAACUCGAUAAGUGGCACAACCUGGAAUCAGCGCCAAAGAUUCUCCGAGAUGUCAAAGCAUUAGCCAUUGAAGAUCGGUUUGUGUAUAUUGCUGCCCGCACUCCUGUUGACCGCGACACUGAAGACGGACUAAAGGCUGUCAUCACCUGCUACGAUGCCGAGACCCGACAGUGGCAAGAUGUGGAAUCUUUGCCACUCAUUGACAAUUACUGCUUUUUCCAGAUGUCGGUGGUCAAUUCAAACUUCUAUCAGACAGCGUCGUGCUGCCCCAAGAGUUACUCCUUAGAAAACGAAGAGGCAGUCAGGAAAAUUGCCAGCCAGGUUUCUGAUGAGAUCCUGGAGAGCUUACCGCCUGAGGUCCUCAGCAUCGAAGGGGCAGCCAUUUGCUAUUACAAGGAUGACGUUUUCAUCAUUGGGGGCUGGAAAAACAGUGAUGACAUUGACAAGCAGUAUCGAAAAGAAGCCUACCGGUACUGUGCCGAGAGGAAGAGAUGGAUGCUGCUUCCUCCCAUGCCACAGCCUCGCUGCAGAGCCACGGCUUGCCACGUGAGAAUCCCAUACCGGUACCUGCAUGGCACACAGAGAUACCCAAUGCCUCAAAACUUAAUGUGGCAGAAGGACCGCAUUAGACAGAUGCAAGAAAUCCAUCGGCAUGCCCUGAACAUGCGGCGAGUGCCAAGCUCUCAGAUUGAAUGCUAGGUUUCUCUCACGCGGCUUCAGCGGUUCCACCUGUCCUGUGGGAGGCUGAAGCUAUCUAGACUGUUACUUGAAAAAGUAUGUCACUAACUUAUUUUUUACCGGAAUGGCUUAUUGCCCUCUAUAAAGGAAAUGUAGUUCAAAGCUGAAGAGGGGGAAACUCAGUUCAGUACGUGGUCAUUUUUGUUAGCUUGCAGUCUUUAUCUGUCUUUGGUUUGUAUGUGCUAGCUAAUAAGAUCUUAUUAAAGACAAGUGGAAAAACCAGGUGUAGUAACUUGGCUGUUUGUCUGCCAACAAAUUAGAGCUCCUUUAUCUUGGGGACUUAGGUGUUGAACUAGCUUUAAGCACCGAUUUUAUUUGCACAUUUACUUUGAUGUUCCUUUUUUUUUCCCCUGACUGGUUGGUUGUGACAAGAGCAGAAUUUAUGCAUUGAGCCCUCAUCUGCAGGAGGUGUGUGCAAUAGUGAGCUGAAAUUGGAAAGAAAAAGCACAAUGUUUCAGCAAGAUGAUUUCAGAAUGUUUGCAUUGAUAUGUUGCUGUGUUACUCUAGAAGGUCUGUUUUCUUUCUAGUGAGAAAUUUGAUUGCUUCAUGCAUUUUGAAUAUUCUUUCUUUCUGUAGCAGCUGUGUUACAGACUGUAAGCGAGCCACUGAGGUGAUGGUAGUUGGAAGAAGUAUUGAUCUUUAGAUGAUUAAGAAUACAAAGAAAGUUGCAUAUAUGAAUUUGUCUCUUGGAAGAAAAUAAAAAGUAUUAUUGUAGACUAAGAAAUCAGAGGCAUUAAAUUAAACUUAUUUCAGAAGUUGCAGGCUUAUUUGAAGAUAAGAGAACUGGUGUAAAUAAUGCCUAUGACAAUCAAUACUUGAUGCCUUCCACUUUAAAUUGUGCUCUAAUUGAAUGCGUAUUGUAUAGAAAUUCCUUUCUAACAUAAACUUUUCCAAGUGGAAAGUAAGAAUUUUGAAAAAGGUUGCUAAAGAGAAGACAUCUCUCAGCCCUGACUGUUGAAAACCUUUUAUCCAGUGUCCUAGACUUUUAUUAGAACUUGCCUGAGCCUAGAAUACCAAAUUUGCAUGCAUUAUUAGUACUCUUAAAUUUUUAUCUUGUAUUUUUAAUUCUUAUGUACUCUGAUUCUCUUAACCAAGCUUUUAUACAAGUUAGCACUCAGGUUGGCCGUCCAGCAUGAAACUCCUGCUCUACCGGUUUACAUUGUGGACCCAAUAUAUUGUUCCUCUUUCUUUUGAAAUGCCCUACCUCCUUAAACAUUCUGGAAUACUAUUCUAGAAAUUGAACUCCAAGUGUAGUGAUAUUUCAACCUCCUUGUCCAUCAUAGUUAAUUUCAGUUGUCUUCAAACAUCUGGAGGAAAAAAGCACAACCAGGAAUUUUGGCUCUCAACCUGCUGCAGAACUGCCCCAAGUUUAGCCCUUGGGUUUUAUACUGAGAACCUGACGAAGUGUCUAAAUUCAUAUUCUUGCUGAGGACACAAAUUUUCAGUAAAUGUGUUGGGAACAUGCUUUAAAACCAUUCCAUUUAGACCGGGGUUGGGGGAGAGGGAGAAACUAAAUAGAAACAUAUUCUAUUUGAGUAUGGAUUACUCUACCCCUCCUCUGCCAAUUUCUCAUUUCCGCUUACUUGUAGUUCACGUUAAUAAAAGCCAUUUGGAUUCUGAGAAUUGUUCGUUCCUAGCCGUGAGGGGUCUGUGCAAGUAAGAAGAGCUGGCUGAAUGAAAUUCUUAAAAAUUCUCUCUGAUAGACUCAGCUAGCAAACCUUUUCUCAGUGGAGGUCAAAUAAUUUAGCGCUGACUAGGGCCCCACUUCUCUCACUAGAGGGUGUUGCAAGUUAUUUAUUUGUCUCAGAAGACUACUCUGAGACUACAGAUAAAUUUGUUACCAAGUUAUUAUAGGAAUUUUUUUCUCUUUAAGAUAAUGUGGCAGAAAUUACAAGAGUUAGGUGUGAUAUGGUUUUGAAAACAUGAUUGAAACUGUUGUUUUUAACUCAGCAGGCAGCCUAGACCAUGGCUGGAAAGAAGGGGUAAGUUCUUCCUUGCAUGAUGACGAUGUGUGAGGGUUCCAGACUGCUGAGUUUCUAAUUUUCCUAUUUGAAUUCACACUUAACAAUUUUACAUCAAUAACUCGUACUUCUGAAAUAGUCUAACUAACUUGUUAAUAAGAAAAGAAAGCAGGUUUGCUUAAAUCUGUUCAAGGCUGACAUUCUGAAAUUCUAAACUGGAAAUUACUUCUUGGAGUACUUGGAAAGAAGCUGGUUAUGCUGAGCAGCCUAAAAUGAAUCUUUGGGGCCAGGGGAAAGGGGAUUUUUUUCUGAAGAAAACUUAAGAGAUUGUGUUUGUUACUUUAAAUAAAGCUUUAAAAGGGCAGCCAAAUGUAUAUUCA